UUUUCUUUAACCGCAUCACUUUUCGCAGCGUCUACGCUGGAUAUCGAACCAUUAUCUUAAGUUCGGAAUUUUAUAAAAUAGGUAAAAAAAUGUCCGAAAUCGAAGAAGUCAGAGUUUCUUUGUUUGGUUGUUUUAUGCCUCAACAUCCGACAAAACGGAGGCGAUUAUUAGACAGGACUAUGAUUGGAUAUCCUACGAACUUUCGGCACAGCUUCUCAGCAAGUCGCUUUAUGGAAUCGUCUUUUCUUCCUACAGAAGCUCUAAGAGAUAAAAUGGCGAGCAAAGGGGGUUACGAGGAGACACCAUUAAAAGAAGAAACGGUAUAACCGUUCGCUAAAAGAUACUGGAAAAUGAUCAUGACUUGUACUCUGAAGGACUUGAAAAACUAGUAAAAAUAUUACAUCGUAAUGUUUAGUUUUAUUUUAAACUAUAGUAACAUUACAUUAAUUGUGUACUAAUUUUUAAUCGUAUUAAUAAAGUUAUCACAAUGA